AUGGCCGACGCAAAGAUGGACGGGGGCGAGGCUCCGUCCUCGACGACUGGAGGCCUGUCUAAUGCCCCAUCACCGCGCAACCAAGAGGACGCGCCAAACAGUCUGCAGCCUCCUCCCGGCGCUGCAUCAGAAGCGGCGCCUUCAAAAUCCACUAGCAGGGCUUCUUCCACCCGGAACUCGACACCCGCUGCUUCUCUCGAGGUGCGCCAACCCGCACCAGACGCCGACGACGCGUCUUCAGCCAUGGACGACGUGCAGCCUUCCCUGGAAGCGGCCAAUGGUGCCUCUAGCAAAACGAAACCAUUGCCCAAGGAGCCCGAGCUGAAUGGUGAGGCGGCGGCAGCAGCAGCAGCAGCAUCAUCAUAUGGCACGCGCUCGCGAGGCCGCCCAGGCCGGUCGCGACCUAAUUAUGCAGAGGACGCCGAAAUGGACUUUGAAGUGCCAGCGGCAUCUGCGAAUGGCAACGUGUCUGAUCCACCGUCGCGUAGUUCCGUGGCUCCCGACAGCGGCCAUGCUUCGAGUGUGAGUGGAAAGAAAGCUUCCGGCCCUGCACAAGGCAAUGGGUCGUGGGGUAAUUCCGGCUCCAACACCAAGGACAGCGCGGCGAAUCCCACUGCUCCCAGCACCUCAGCCACGGCUGCAGCGACUCAAUCUAGCACUUCGCAGCCUCAGCCCCCAACAAAACGGCGCAAAAACGCUGCUGCCAGUGCCGCAAAUGGUAGUCACGCAAGUGCCACAGCGCCAAGCCAAGCAGGGGCGAAGCGCGGCAGUCAGGCUGCCGGCACCAUGGUAGCCGCCAGCAGCGCGCGAGAGUCCAACAUGAUGACUUUUGAGAACACGGCUGCCAUUCUCAAAAAUGGCCGCCUCGAGGCUGACGAUGGCCAGACCGUGUCAGUCAAUGAUCAAGUGUACCUUGUGUGCGAGCCGCCCGGCGAGCCCUACUACCUCUGCCGGGUCAUGGAAUUCAUCCACGUCGACAACGACCCCAAGAAGCGGGUCGAGUCUUUGCGCGUCAAUUGGUUCUAUCGCCCACGAGACGUGCAGCGCUACAACAAUGACACUCGUCUCGUCUAUGCGACGAUGCACUCAGACCUUUGCCCCAUUGCAUCCCUCCGGGGGAAAUGCCAGAUUCUGCAUCGCAGCGAGAUUGGCGACCUGGACGAGUACCGCAAGACCAAGGACAGUUUCUGGUUCAACCAAGUCUUUGAUCGCUUCAUUCAUCGCUGGUACGACGUCAUCCCCGUCUCCUCGGUUAUCAACGUCCCAGACAAGGUCAAGAAGGCGCUCGACGAACGAUGGAAGUCUUCCAGUCCAACUUGUCCACGUGAUGAAGCUAACUUGAUUAGGAAUGAUUCGGUUGAAUGUGCAGUAUGCCACAACACAUAUCACAUGAACUGUGUUCGCCCACCAUUGCUCAAGAAGCCAUCCCGUGGUUUUGCCUGGGCUUGUGGACCAUGCAGUAGGGCCCAAGAGAAGAAGCUGGAGGCGCGUCUGGGCACCACCAAUGAAGAUGCUGAAGAAGAAGAGGUAAUAGACGAGGAAGAGGAGGAGGCCGGCGUCGACACCAAUGCACCAACCCCGGAUCCUGAUUCCCAAAUCGACACUCAUCCUGCCACGCAGGCAGAGAUCGCUCUAGCCAAGAUGUGGCCUAUGCGGUACCUUGGCAUCCAUUGCCGGGUAGAGGACGCACUGCAGUACGAUGAUCGAGCAAUCUAUCCCCGUGCCAGCUCACGGCUAGGCCCCCGGCACCAAGCUAACGUCAAUGUCUGGCACGGGCAUCCUGUCGAAUUUGUCAAGCCUGCAGAGAUCAAGAAGCGAUAUGUCAAGGCAGCAGGCAACAAGAAAGAAGGCAAGCUAUCCAAAGAAACGGUCGCUGCAAUCGAAGCCGACAAGGCGGAGAAGGCUAAGCGCCCCAAAUGGGUCAUGGAUGAACCUCCUGGCUAUGUUCGCCGCGGUGAAGACCUGCCAAACAAGGAUCCCAAAUGUACUGCGGAGCUGAUUUUCAAGAUGCCUCCUUUGGGAGUACAUUCGACACGAGGAGAAGACAAUGCGCCGACAGUCACUGAAGAUCAGGUCAAAGCUUACAUGGACCGAGCGAAAGCAUUGGCCAAGUCACACGUUGGAGUAGAGCCCUACAACACAAAUUUCUUGGAUAAAUGCCUGGCUCUCUUCACUAAACAUCAAUACGAUGCCGAUGUUGCUUUGAAGCAUGUCAAGAAGAUUGACAAGCGGAAAGAUUUGAGGGAGCCCGAGCUAACCAAGGAAGAAGAAAAGAAGUGGAACGAAGGUGUCGCAAAGUACGGUUCAGAGAUCAGGCUCGUCCGCCAGCACACGAGCAAGACCAUGUUCUACGGAGACGCCGUACGCUACUACUACAUGUGGAAGAAGACGCCUAAAGGAAGAGAGAUUUGGGGUUCAUACAGCAGCCGGAAAGGUCGGACCAAGAAGGUUGAGCCUGAUGCACAAGCUCGUCUUGUUGACGAUGUUGCGGACGACCAAGACGAUUCAGCAUUUGACAGUGCCAAGGCCAUUCAACGCAAACGGGUUUUCCAAUGCAAGUUCUGUGCAGUUCGACAUUCUCGGCAGUGGAGACGGGCUCCCGGAGUGACUCCUGGCCAGAUGGUACCACCGGAUGGCCGUUCCAAGGACAAGACUGGGUUCCUGAUUGCGCUUUGUCUACGUUGUGCAAACUUGUGGCGCAAGUACGCAGUGACAUGGGAAAACGUUGAUGAGAUUGCCAAGAAGGUUGCUCAAGGCGGAGGAAAGGCUUGGAAGAGACGUAUCGACGAGGAGCUUCUGCGUGAGGUCUACGCUGCACAGUCAGAUCCCAGCUCGAAGAAUGCUACUCCCGAGUAUGUCGAGCUCCCAGCCGCCACAGCCCAGCCAGUUGCAGAGCCACCAAAGAAGAAGCAGAAAACUGUGGCCGCUGUGAAUGGAGACAGUGGGACGUCAACCCCUGUCAGCGAGCCUGUUCCGAAGAAGGAGAAGAAGGAGAAGCCUGCUCCAGUCGUCAAAGCGCCUACUCCUCCUCCGGUCCCGUCGCCCCCCAAGUAUCGAGCUUUGCCCUGCGCUGUAUGCCGAUCAGUAGAAGGCACACGUCUGGAAUGUGCGGCUUGCAAGAUGACGGUCCACAAAGCCUGCUAUGGUGUUGAAGAAACACGACAAGCCAAUAAGUGGUACUGUGAUCCUUGCAAGAAUGACAAGAAGGAAAGCGUCUCAUAUACGUACGAAUGUGUUCUAUGUCCUCAGAAAGAUACUGAACAGGAGUUUUAUGAGCAACCAAAGGUUACGCACAAGAAGAAGACUGACCGCGAUCGGGAGAAGGAGCGGCUAGAAAAGGAGCUUGUCGACAAGGCUAAAGAGGAAUAUCGCCUUCGGCAGCAGGAGAAAGGCCGACCGCUUGUCCCUCGUGAGCCGCUCAAGCGAACCGCUGACAAUAACUGGGUACACGUGUACUGUGCGCUCUGGCACGCUGAGAUCAAAUUCAGCAACGCGGCUCGCCUGGAUAUGGUCGAGGGCAUUGGAGCGCCAACGCUUCGAUACGACGCAGUCUGCAAGCUCUGCAAAACGACCAAGGGUGCAUGCACGUCGUGUCUCCAAUGUCACGCAACAUUCCACGUUGGCUGUGCUCAUAACCAUGGCUACAUACUCGGUUUCGACAUGACCCCUGUCAAGGUCUCCCGCAGAGACGCAGUACCCACAGUGACUAUGAAUGGGGAAACUGGGACCCUGAUUGCGGCCAUCUGGUGCAAAGAGCAUACCCCCAAGACAAUUGUUCAUCCAAUGAACGAGGAAGUGGAAGGAACCGAUCUGAUUGCGCUCCAGCUCUUUGCUCGCGAAUUCAAGCAGGCUGAUCUCACUCUAACGGGCACAGCACGCAAGGCCAAUCUCGUUGAUCAGUCGACGCGCAUCGCUCCGCAGGCUGUGCCGGCACCAGCUAACCGUAGGGCAUCCGCAGUCACGGCCCCUACUCCCACUUCUGCACGAGGACGUCAAUCAAACGCAGGCAUAUCUGUCAAGGAAGAGCCAAGUGAGCCAUCAGUGUACAAGUCUGAACGCAAGUGCGUACGCUGCAAGAUUGAGGCUAGUCCACGAUGGUGGAAGGUGGAUGGAGAAGUAACACCAGGACAAGUUUCUCGGGUAGUGGAUGGCCCGCUGGACAUGAAGAGUGCCGUGGAUCUUAGCGGCCAUAUGGAGAGGAAGCCGCUUCUCGAGGAGGGCAAAAUCGUCAAUGGAAACGGUGGUGAGGACCAUGCCAUGUCGGACGCUCCAGCUGUUGCUUCGCCUACAAGCAAGAGCCUGCGCUUGGAUACCAGAGGGGCAGUUGCUUCGUCUGGUGCCUAUCUGUGUCAAAAAUGCCAUUGGAAGAGGAAGAAUGGGACGGAUGAAGAAGAGGAGGAGCGAGCGAGGUCCGUCUCGAUAUUCAAAGAGCCCCCGCAACAAUACCCCCUACCUGCAGCGCAGAUUCCACAAUACGCACCACCUCCGCCUGCGUUGGCUGGUACAUGGACACUGCCCGGUGGUCCGCCAAACCAACCGCCUCCACUGCCGUCAUGGCACAGUGGUGUACCGCCUGGGCCUGGCCAUCACCUACCCAAUGGCAGCGGAUAUGUGCCCCCGCCGCUACCAGCUCCAUCGGUAGGCCACAACGCUCCUUACCACGCCCCGUAUCCGCCUCAGCCGAAUGGAUACGCGGCCUUUUCGGGUGCGCCGAUGCACUCGGCGAUUGUAGCAGCAGGGCUUCGACCACCGUAUUCGGGACCGCCUAUUAGCGGACCACCGCAGCUGCACCACGGCAACGGCUCCAUGCUGGUGAAUGGUGCGAUACCGUCGGCUAGGACAAUACCGUUCUCGCCCACGCAUCAUCACGCACACGCAGCCUCACGCGAAAGCGCAUUCAUUGCACCUCCGCCUCCUGCGGUAGCGCAAUACCCGGGGAUCCAUGGUAGUCCUGCAACUGGCAGGCCGGCUACGCCUAUGGACGCGGUGAUGCGGGAUGCUCCGGUGGUGACAUCGGCGCCAAUUGAACGGGCAAGCACGGGGGCAAGUGCUAGUCCGUCACUUCGCAACUUGCUGCAUUAGACUUUGCUUACUCUAACUUUGAUGUAAUUGUACACAACUGGGUUUGACUC